UGCAGCUUUGAUUUACAUCUAAAUUACACACACACACGCACAUAUAUAUAUUUCCUCUUCCAUUCAACGCGAAACACCAACCACACACACACACAUAUAUAUAUAUAUAUGUAUAUAGGAGCGGCGGCCGCAAAUAAACUAAUGGUGGUUCUGAGCAGCAGCUUCCAGCAGGCAGUGCAGUUCCCGCCGGCGGGAUUUAAUGGUUAUCGGUACCGGCGAAGAAGGAGUAUUAAUAACGGCGGCGGAGGAAUCCGGUGCGGGAUUGCUGAGGCGUCGGGAGAGCCGGCGCCUUUUGGGCAGAAAACCAAAUACAAUGACGGCCUGUUCGAGAAGGUCUUCAUGACUCUGUUUGCUCGGAAGAUGGAGAAAUUCGCAGCCCACACAGGGCAUUCCCAGAAGAAGGGAUGGCUCGAGUACGAUUACGAGAGUUUCGUGGAUGUGUCGAAGAGAGUAAUGCAGGGGCGGUCUCGUCUUCAGCAGCAGCAAGUGGUCCGGGAGGUGCUGCUGUCCAUGCUGCCUCCUGGCGCUCCUGCUCAGUUUAGGAAAUUGUUUCCACCCACAAAGUGGGCUGCGGAGUUCAAUGCUGCACUCACAGUGCCCUUCUUCCACUGGCUAGUUGGCCCAUCUGAGGUGGUGGAAGUGGAGGUAGAUGGCGUAAAACAAAGAAGUGGAGUCCAUAUCAAGAAGUGCAGGUACCUGGAAAACAGCGGAUGUGUAGGAAUGUGCGUGAAUAUGUGCAAGAUCCCGACUCAAGAUUUCUUCACCAAUGAAUUUGGGCUUCCAUUGACAAUGACCCCUAAUUUUGAAGACAUGAGCUGUGAAAUGGUGUAUGGCCAGGUUCCACCAUCUUUUGAAGAGGACCCAGUGGCCAAGCAACCCUGUUUUGCAGAUAUUUGCUCCAUGGCAAAUCCGAACUCCUCUGUCUGCCCCAAGCUCCAAGCGUGAGAAUUAAUUAAUGCUCAAUCAGCAACUCACAUUAAUUCUUGCUCAUUUCACUUGCUAUAUAUGCAACACAGAAUCAAAAUGCUCUCCAGCAUUGGGCGCUGCAUGCAUGCCAGCUGAAGAUAUUUAGAUUUUCCCCUAGCAAUAUCCAAGAUUAAUUAUUAUGUCUUUACACACAAUUAAUAGGCAACAAGUUAAGUUUGACACAUACACACGCACAGUUCCUCCUUUGGCAAAGUACACAUCACUCAAGUUAUGUGAAGUGUUAUUGUGCAUGUAAAGCAUUAAUGUUUGUGUAUUCUAUAAACUCCACGAAAGAAAGAUCCAGGGCUAGUUUCAGCCUCAAUCUUA